AUGUCGCUACUGACUACUACAUUCCACGCCUGGUCUCGAUUGCCAACCGAGCUCAAGCUAGAAAUCAUAUCCUAUCUCUUCCUACGUCUGGACCACAUCUCCUACAUCGCGCGCCCUGUCGACGAGCACCGAGCCAACGGCCAGGGCGCAUACUGGUGGGGGCCCACCCUCGGCCGACUAGUCGGCACGCGGAACACAGAGCUCGCGAAUCUGGCGCUGGAGACGUUCUACAAUGCGAACAAGUUCAGCGUCGUUCUAGGGGGCAGAGGCCCUGGAAUUGCACGUCCGAAAGCCUUCUGCGCGCCUUGGAUACGGCGACUGAAGGUCUAUGUUCUGUGGAACGGGGUCGGGGAAUCGCUCGAGGAGAUGCUGCUUGAUCCGGUUCAAGGCUGGCGAUGGCUGUUGCGACCAAAGCGGGCCCUUGAUGCUGAAGUGCUGGGCGACAAAUUCUCCGCAUCCGAGAAGUCGAGUAUUCCUGAUCCCGUGCGGAAUACGCAGUGGCAAUGCGACUUCACAGGGCUGAAGUAUCUGGAACUUGUGCUCCUGGGGAGCUUGUCGAAUAGAUCAUGCCUUGAGAGGGCUGGUGAGAUCGGGGGGCUGAAGCAGCAGCUCGAGCAGACAGAGAUCCUGCUGCAGGCUAACGUGGUCAAAGUACUCUUUAGUCUACAUAUUGAGUGCGAGCCCUGGUCGCCGAUUUGCGCAUGCAAGCAGGAGAUUGCAGUCUUGGAGGAAAUGAUGGUGAGGAGUGGUGAGCGCCGUCAGCGGUAG